AUGUCCACUGCUAUCAAGAAUCAGAUCGCCAAAUGGGCCAAAAUCCCUCCAAGAGGUAUAUCUCUAAAAGAAAUGGUUCAAGUUGGUCAACAUCCAAGUGAAGAAACUCUUUAUAAUGCUAGUAAAUUCAUUGUUAGAGAAUUACCAAUACGGUUAGCUCAUAGAAUUGAUGAAUUAGAAAAUUUACCAAAUGGUUUAAACAAGAUGCAAUCUAUUGAGAAAGUUAAAGAUUGGUAUACUCAAUCAUUUGAUGAUUUAUUACAAAUUAGUUCUAAAGAAGAUACUGGUGAUCCAUUUUUGACUGAAUUUACAAAUUAUAAUAGAACUGUUACUGAUUCAUUGAAAAAAAUUAAAAAAAGACAUGACCCAACAGUAGCAACAAUGGCUCAAGGUGUUGUUGAAUGGAAAACUUCACAAAAUUUAAAACAAAUUGAUUAUUCAAUUCAAUCUUUUUUAGAUAGAUUUUAUAUGUCAAGAAUUGGUAUUAGGAUGCUUAUAGGUCAACAUAUUGCUAUAAAUGAUGAACCUGUUAGAGAUAAUUAUGUUGGUGUCAUAUGUACCAAGACAAAUGUUGGUGAAGUUGCUCGUGAUGCUAUUGAUAAUGCAAGAUUUAUAUGUGAAGAAUAUUAUGGAUUAUAUGAAGCUCCUCAAGUUGAAUUAUAUUGUCCUGAAGAUUUAACAUUUAUGUAUGUUCCAGGUCAUUUAAUGCAUAUGUUAUUUGAAGUUUUAAAAAAUUCACUUCGAGCUACUGUGGAAACUCAAAUGAAAAAAAAUAGAGAAAGUCCUUCACCAGUAACUGAUUUAAGUGAUAUUAAAUUCCCACCAGUUAAAUUGAUAAUUGCCCAGGGGAAUGAAGAUAUAACAAUAAAAGUUAGUGAUGAAGGUGGUGGAAUUGCAAGAAGUGCAGUCCCAUUGGUAUGGACUUAUUUAUAUACAACAAUGGAAGAUACACCAGAUCUUGAUCCAUCAUAUAAUAAGACUGAUUUUAGAGCUCCAAUGGCUGGGUUUGGUUAUGGAUUAGCAUUAAGUAGAUUAUACGCUAGAUAUUUCGGUGGUGAUUUAAAAUUGAUUUCAAUGGAAGGUUAUGGUACAGAUGUUUAUUUACAUUUGAAUAGAUUAAGUACCAGUAGUGAACGUUUGCAAUAG